AUGGCUUCACGGGUGGAAUUUGACCGACAGCUGAAGAUGAACGCAGCAGCACAGCGGCACACCGGCCUUAUCCUACCAGAAAUUACUGCCGACAGGAGGAAGAAGAGGAGUACUCUGCACAGGUUCAGGAACAGUCUGAAGCAGAACAUCUGUGUAGAGAUGCUUCAAGGAGGCUUUCAUAGGUCCUUCUCAGAGCUUUUCUUUCUGCUGAACUCUGAUCAGGAUCGGAGGGCGGCGGCUGAACCAGGUUCAGGUGUUAGGCUGCAGACUCCACUGGACGAACAAAGGGACAAACUGGAGACCAUGAGACUGCACCUGAGCCGGGCCGAGCAGGCUGAGCGGACCGGUUCCUGGUCCGUGGUGUGUGAGCAGCGUCUGAUUUUAGGUCAGUACUUCUCGGCUCCGGAGGAUCUCUGGCUCAGUUUGCACUUCUACCACAGCUGUGCAGACAGAGAGCGAGGAGGACGCUCGAGACCGGCCACCGAGGCCCGUGCAUGCCUGGCUGAGCUCUACCUGCAACAAGGCGAGCUGGAGCGGGCGAGCCAGCAGGCAGAGCUUUGCCUCAAGCGGGCAGAAGACGACGGCUGGCUGGACUCGGCCGGUCGGCCCCUGAGGCUCCGGGCCCGCCGAGCACUGUGGAGGAUCUACAGCCGGCUGGCCGAAGCACCGCUGGACACCGCAGACUACAACGAGGCCCUGACGCUGCUCCACAAGGGCUACAGCAUGGCUGCUGAGUCUGAAGACCAACAGAUCGAAGCGGAGGCCUCCUAUCGACUAGGACUGACCUAUCAGAGUGCAGGAGAACACGACACAGCCAAACAGUUCUUCGACACUUGCACGCAGAUUUACGGCACACUGCAGGACGCAGACGGACUGGUGAAGACAUACAAGGCUAUGGCCAAGUCUAUAGAGAGUGAGGGAAACAUACAUGAGACCAUCCAGUGUCUGGAGACGUUAGCUGACAUCUCCCGUAGCAACGGACUGCAACACCACCUGGCAGACGCCUACCUGCGCCUGGGCAAUAUCUAUUAUACGAGGAGUCAGUGUAAGAGAGCCUGUGAGUUCUUCCUGCAGGGUUAUGAAGUUGCCUCUAACCUGGAGGAUUUGACUCUGCUGCACAAAGCACAGGUGCUGGUGGCUCGUGCUCGUGCUCACUCCCUGAUCAGGAAAUACGGCGCUGACGUGGAGUCGGCCACGCCCAGCGCCCUGCGACGACUGCUGGCCUGGAAGGAGACCAGAGGCCGUCAGGACCUCAGUACAGACUCUACAGACAAUACCAACACUGCCUGGUACUAA